AUGAAGAUAUGUCUACGCUAUCUCGGUGACCCUAGAUAUCAACAAGGUAUUGGUCAGGAACUUGGUGUUAGUCAAGCAACGGUAUCUCAGACUGUGGAAAAAGUUGUGAACAACAUAGUUCCACAGUCGAACGAAUGGAUCAAGUUUCCAACUACCAACCAUGAACUGAUGAAGGCCAAGCGGAUAUGGCAAAGCAUAUAUAAAUUUCCGACAGCAAUUGGUGUAAUUGAUUGUACACAUAUGGGAAUCCUGAAACCAAAUCGCCAUGUAGAUGAGUAUAUCAACCGAAAAGGAAAACCUACUUUAAAGGUGCAAGCCACUUGUGAUGCCAGAGAGAUGUUCAGAAGUGUUGAUGUCAGUUGGCCUGGAUCAGUGCAUGAUGCCAGAAUAUGGAGAAAUUCAGACUAGAUCACAACUAAUAAAUAAAGCAAAUGUUGUACUACUUGGCGAUGACGGUUAUGGUAUUGAACCAUGCCUUAUGACUCCCUUCAGAAAUCCUACUCCAUCUGCAGAAAUAAAUUAAAAUAAGCUUUUAAAACAAGAAAGAGUUAUAAUUGAACGCUGGUUGGGCCAACUGAAACACCGGUUUCCUAUCCUACCGUAUGUUUGCCGCAUAAAGUUGGAAAAUGUGCCGAAAAUAAUUAUUGCUUGUAUUGUACUCCAUAAUGUUGCGAAGAGCUUGGGCGAUCUCCUGACUUUGAGUUUGUUGAACAAGACCCAUAUUGAAGAUGAAGGAAAUCAUGAGAAUGACGAACUUCCUCUCCGCCAACCAUCUCAUCAAAUAAGAAGAAACUUGAGUAUUAUAAUAAAUAGUUUUACUGAUUAAAGUGUAUUUACAAGUUAUAAUAAGUUUUAUUUUCGUGAACAUCAUAAGUUACAGGUGGC